AUGGUUCUAAUCUAUGUUAAAUCUGGUGAAUGGGUGUCUAGUUGCAGUGAAGAGUGGAGUUUCGUGGUAGACACAUCAAGGCGUGGUCGAAUGGUAACAUUAGAAACUACUACUCCAUUGGUGAAUCUCAAGAGGAUCGUGUGUGAGGAUUAUGGGGUGGACCAUAUUGUUCUUAAUACCGAGUUCAGUUAUUCGAUGGUGAAUCAAAGAGGGAAUCCUCCAAUUAUUAUCACCAAUGAUCGGCAAACAUCUAAUUUUGUGGCGUAUGGAAAGAAGGGUUCAUCUACUAUCUUGUGUGUCACGUUCUAUGGUUUGGGUGUAAAUCAAAAAGAACGAGUCAAUAUUGAUUUGAAUAAGGAGCCGUGUGAUUCAAGUAAUGUUGAGGAUGAAGAAGUUCCUGAGAUAACUCGAGCAGAUUUUGUGAAGCCGUCAAAGGAGUCUUGUGAUAUAAGGAAAGAUGAUGUCGCUGCGGAUGGUUCCAGUGAUGCUGGGUUAAGGAUUGAAAACAAUGGAGACAGUAAAAAGGAUGGUCGAGCCUGGAGAGGAGAUUUCUUGAAGAAGGAUCAAAUUUUCAGAAGUAAAGAGGUUCUGAAGGCCACAAUGGAAAUUUUGGCGAUGAAGAAUAAUUUUGAUUACACUGUUUUCAAAUCCACGAGAAAAUGGUGGUAUAUUCGAUGUAAGGAUGCAAUGUGCAACUGGACUGUGCGUGCAGAAGGUAUAGAUGGGUCUACAUAUUUCAUGAUCAACCAGUGCGAGGGAAGACAUUCAUGUGCUCCUUCAAAGAAAAAGAAAUUCGGGAAAACAACAUCGGCAGGAACAAUUGGGACUCUGAUACAUCAUCGAUUUGGUGAUGCAAACGAUGGCCCAAAAGCAAAUGAAAUCAUUCAAUUUAUGAGAUUGGAGCAUAGUUUUGAGAUUACUUACUGGCACGCUUGGGAAGCUCGUGAGUUUGCUAUUGCAGCUGCUAGAGGUAUACCGGAUCGCAGUUAUGCUAAAAUACCAGCAUAUUUGCAUAUGAUUAAAGAAGCUAAUCCUGGUACGCAUACUCACUAUGAAACUAAUGAGAAGGGAAUAUUCAUGUAUCUGUUUAUGUCAUUUGGGCAAUCAGUUAGAGAAUUCUACUGCAAUGCGAAGGGAGUUCUACUUGUUGCUACUGCUGUAGAUGGUAACUCUAAUUUGUAUCCGAUUGCAUUUGGGGUUGUUGAUUCGGAGAAUGACGAUUCAUGGGGGUGGUUCUUCAGACAGUUGAAAGUGGUUAUUGCUGAUUGUCAAGACCUAGCUUUUGUCUCAAAUAGAAAUGCAUCUAUUUCUAAAGCGAGUGGGACUGUCUACCCUCAAUCAUCACAUGAAAUUUGCAUUCAUCACUUGUUGACCAAUGUGGUUCCAUUUUUCAAGACAAAAGGGUUGACUGCCUUGGUGGAAAAAGCUUCACGGGCAUAUAGGUACAUUGAAUUUCAGGAACGUAUCACCGAAAUUUUUGAAAUGAGUCCUGAGCUUGGAAGAUAUCUGCGGGAGGCUGAUGUGCGCAAAUGGGCUCAUUCUCUCUUCCCUGGUGAAAGGUAUGACAUUAGGACCACAAACCCUGCAGAGUCGAUAAAUUCAGUUAAGAGAAUACCUAGAGAAUAUCCGGUUAUUCCUUUGCUAGAUAGUAUAAGAGAACUGUUGACUCGAUGGUUCUAUGAGCGUCGCUUGGUAAGCUCUAAGCAUCUUGAUCCUUUAACCACUAAGGUGGAGAAAAAGAUUGAUAGGAGAAUUGUGAAGGCAAGAGGGUUUCAAGUCUACAAGGUUGACGACUUCAAAUCGCUUGUGAAAGGAGACAUAUAUGAUUGUCAUGUUGAUUUGGAAAGAAGAACAUGCACAUGCGGGAAGUACAAUAUAGGAAAUAUUUCUUGCCGACACGCCAUUCCUGCCAUUUAUUCACGAGCGUGGAGAACCGCCUAUGCGGAAUCCAUUAAUCCAAUAGCAGUUCCAGAGUGUGAAUGGAAUGUCCCUGCUGAGGUUAAACUUGCUAAGGUUUUACCACCAGAGACAAGAAAGAGUGCUGGUCGGCCAAUAAAGAGAAGGUAUGAAUCAGUAGAAGACAAGAUAAAAUCUUCUCAAGGAUCAAGAAAGAAUAAAAAGCACAAGUGCAGUCGUUGUGGUACCGAAGGACACAAGAGAGGAACAUGUGAUUUACCCAUCUAG